GUGGCAGAGACGACUCGAAAGGGAGGAGGCGGGAAACGCCUGCCGCCCUGGCGUUCUCGGAGAGCCGUCCCAGGAUGCCUCGCGCCGCACCGCGCCCGGCCCCGAACUGCAUUUCCCAGCGGCCACUGCGGCCGGCCCCGGCGGCCCGCCCGAGCGCCGCGGCGCCUUUGUGAGUCCACCGGAGGGACCGAGAUCGAGGCCCCGCCCCGGCCCGCGGGGCGCUGUGCUCCGGGUCUCCGCCGACCGCGCGGAGCGAGGUGCCGACCGGCAGGGAGGAGGCGCUCUGUUUUCUCCAGACACUGCCCUUCUCCGAGGAGCCUGAAGGGGGAGGACAGAAGAGCUGUCAUAAAUUCUUAAAGCCAUGUCCAAGGAUUUGGUGACAUUUGGGGAUGUGGCUGUCGAUUUCUCUCAAGAGGAGUGGCAAUGGCUGAACCCUGCUCAGAGGAAUUUGUACAGGAAAGUGAUGUUGGAGAACUAUAGAAGCCUGGUGUCACUGGCAGGAGUUUCAGUUUCUAAGCCAGAUGUGAUCUCAUUAUUGGAGCAAGGAAAAGAGCCCUGGAUGGUGAAGAAGGAGGGGACAAGAGGCACAUGCCCUGAUUGGGAGUAUGCACUUAAAAACAAUGAAUUUUCAUCAGAGCAAGUUAUUUAUGAAGAAUCAUCCAGAGUAGCAACAAUGGGAAGAAGCGAUCUUAGUUAUAGCCUUGACUGCACCAGUUGGAGAGAAGACUGUAAAAGUGAGGACUGGUUUAAGAAACAGUCGGGAAGUCAGAAGGUACAUUCUAGCCAACUGAUGAUCACUCAUAAAAGUAUGCCCUCUAAAAAUCCAAGUACUGAAUACACUAAGUCCUGGCAAACUUUCCAUCAGGAUGCAAUAUUUGCUAUAAAACAGAGUUUUCCCACCAAAGAAAGAGUACGUAAGCAUGAGCCACAAAAGAGAAGUUACCAAAAAAAACCUGUUCAAAUGAAACAUAAGAAAGUCUAUGUAGAAAAGAAACUUUUGAAAUGUAAUGAAUGUGAGAAAGUUUUCAACCAGAGCUCAUCUCUUACUCUUCAUCAGAGAAUUCACACUGGAGAGAAACCCUACGCAUGUGUUGAAUGUGGGAAAACCUUCAGCCAGAGUGCGAACCUAGCUCAACAUAAGAGAAUACAUACUGGAGAGAAACCUUAUGAAUGUAAAGAAUGUAGGAAAGCCUUCAGCCAGAAUGCACACCUUGCUCAACAUCAGAGAGUUCAUACUGGAGAGAAACCUUAUCAGUGUAAAGAAUGUAAAAAAGCCUUCAGCCAGAUUGCACACUUGACUCAACAUCAGAGAGUUCAUACUGGAGAGAGACCUUUCGAAUGUAUUGAAUGUGGAAAGGCCUUUAGUAAUGGUUCAUUUCUUGCCCAACAUCAGAGAAUUCAUACAGGAGAGAAACCUUAUGUAUGUAACGUGUGUGCAAAAGCCUUUAGCCAUCGUGGAUACCUAAUUGUACAUCAGAGAAUUCAUACUGGAGAGAGACCCUAUGAAUGUAAAGAAUGCAGGAAAGCCUUCAGCCAAUAUGCACACCUUGCUCAACAUCAGAGAGUUCAUACUGGAGAAAAACCUUAUGAAUGUAAAGUAUGUAGGAAAGCCUUCAGCCAGAUUGCAUACCUUGAUCAACAUCAGAGGGUUCAUACUGGAGAGAAACCCUAUGAAUGUACUGAAUGUGGGAAAGCCUUUAGCAAUAGUUCAUCGCUUGCACAACAUCAGAGAAGUCAUACUGGAGAAAAACCUUAUAUGUGUAAGGAAUGUAGGAAAACAUUCAGCCAGAAUGCAGGCCUUGCUCAACAUCAGCGAAUUCAUACUGGAGAGAAACCUUAUGCAUGCAAUGUUUGUGGGAAAGCCUUUAGCUAUAGUGGAUCUCUUACUCUACAUCAAAGAAUUCAUACUGGAGAGAGACCCUAUGAAUGUAAGGAUUGCAGGAAAUCUUUCAGGCAGCGUGCACACCUUGCUCAUCAUGAGAGAAUUCAUACUAUGGAGUCAUUCUUGACUCUUUCCUCUCCCUCACCCUCCAUGUCCAGUCAGUUGCCAAGACCUCUAGGUUUUAUCUCCUAAAUAUGCCUUGAAUCUGACUCCUUUAAUCCAUUUCCAUCAUCUUUGUCCAAUACACAGUAAUCUAUUUGACAUGGACUAUGGAAAUAGCUUUCUAACUGUUCUCCCUGUAUUUAUCAUUUCCUUUGUCAAUUGUCCACAUUGCUUGUAUUUAAAAGCAGUUUGUGCAUAUCACUUCUCCCUCAUUAAAACCCCUCACUGGCAUCCCACAGUUGUUAGGUUAAAGCACACAUUCCUCAAAAUAGCCUAGAAGUUUCUCCAAACCCCCAAUACUUUGUUCCAGUCUACCUUCCAAAGCCCUAUCUCAUGUCAGUAUCCAUCUCAUUCUUUAGAUACUUAUCCAGAAUUAAGAACUCAUAUUCCAGCAUCAAAUACAUCUGGAUUCCAAUCCUUAUUCUUCCAUUUCCUAGCCCUCUAAUUUUGGAGAACAUUUUGUCCGUUGUAAGCUUUAGUCUUAUUUAUAUUAUGGGAAUAAUAAUGGUACUACCUCAAAAGUUAAUGGGAGGAUUAAAUGAGAUAAUGCAUGUAAAUUGCUCAGCAGAGUGCCUAGCAUAAAGUAAUCACUCAAUAAACAUUAAUGUAAGAUGAAAAGAUACUGUGGUAUACAAAGAAGACCUGAUCAUCUCAGCAAUGAUCAGCUGAGAAAUAACAAGCAGCAGCUCAAGACUCAAGAGAUUGUAAAUAAUUUUGAUUAAGAACAGUAGUCACUGUUCUAAAGAUGGGUGACAAGGGUAUCUAAUACAGUAGGAUGAUACAGAGUAAGAUGGUAGCUUCUAUUUCAGCCUGAAUAUAUAGGAUAUGACUUUGUUGGUAAGAAAAACUAACUUCAUUACAUAUUCAACAGUUCUAAAGUAGCCAGAUUUUAAAAAUCACUUGUAAUAAGAUAAGUAGAAUUUAUUGAGGUGUAAUCAUUUACAUUGAAACAAAUGUGAAAUGGAUAUUAAAAAAGACAGAAAACUUAAAAUGAUCGACAACCAAAGAAGAAUAGAAAAUAAAGUGUAAGUUUGAACUCCCCUCUCCAAAUUCCAGGUGGAUGAGUGUAUUAAACCUAUGUCUAUUUAAAUAAAAUAUUUAUAGAAUAACCAUAUUCUAUUUAAAACAGAAAAAGUUGUUAAGCUUCUAAGCUGUAAUUCCAAAACUAGAGAGGAAAAGAAAUUACAGGUCAGUACUCAAACUGGCUGCCCACAAACAUGUUUGGUUUGGUAUACAUCAAAUUUAAAAUGAACGUGAAUCCCUUUAGGUGAGCAUCUGUUUUCCAGUUCUCCACAGUUCAAACCACUCCCUGUUCCCUGACAUGUAACAUGUUUUACAUUUUGUAUUGUUUCCUGACUCCUGAAGGCUUUGAGAAUGCAAUCAGUGCAGUAACCAAUGCACAUAUGAAUAUAGGUACAAACAAAAUGAAAGUUUAAUGGAGGAUGAAAAGGAAGACUUGAAUAGACAUUUCAUCCUUCUGUAGGGGAAGACUCAGUAUUAUACAGAUGUUAGCAGGCCCCAAAUUAACCUACAAACUCUUUGUACGUAACAAAAUCCUAAAAAGAAUUUUCUAAGGUUUGAAAUACUGUGUGAACAUACACAAAUAUACAUUCCUAUAGAUACACACACAAGGAAAAUGUGCUGUUUCAUAUCAGUGGCUUAAUAGUAUUGGUAAAAUUAAUUCUGCUCUGUACAAAAACAAUCCCCUCAUUCUUUUUCCAAAUGUGAAACGGUUAUUAGAGGACACUGUAACACACUUUGUAAUCACAGAGUGAGAACAACCUUCCUAAACAUGACAUGAGAUCCAGAAGCAAAACACAUAAAGAUUCUAGGUUUGACUGUGUAAGACCUCUAUUAAGUUUUUAUAUAGUCAACAACAGUAUAAAGAAAAGGUUUUUAAACAUCAGAAUUGGAGAAAAUUAUUACAUAUGUAACUUAUGAAAUCCAUAUCCUCAGGAUAAAAGUGCUCCUCGAAAUCACUCAGAAAAUGAUACUUCUCCCCCAAUGGGUAAAGGAUAUAAAGAGGCAGCAAAUGACUGAUGAACAUGUAGUAAGUACUGAGUCUCAUUGGGAUCACAAGAAAUACAAGCUAAACCAAUGAACUACCCAUUUUUCAAUAUCACAUUGAUAAGUGUGCAGUGCAAAAGCACAGGAAAGGAGAUACUUGUAUGCACUGACGUGAGGGAGUAUGAAUUUGUAAAACCUUUUUUUUUUUUUCUGCUUUAUCUCCCCAAACCCUCCCUGUACACAGUUGUAUAUCUUAGUUGCAUGUCCUUCUAGUUGUGGGAUGUGGGAUGCCGCCUCAACGUGGCCUGACGAGCAGUGCCAUGUCCGCUCCCAGGAUCUGAACCCUGGGCCGCCGCAGCGGAGGGCACAAACUUAACCACUUGGCCAUGGAGCCGGCCCCUGUAAAACCUUUCUGAAGGCAACUUGUCAGUAUCAAUUUUCACUGGGAAAACCGAGAUUUCCUUUUGCAGUUAACAAGCACAUGUUUAUCUUCCCUCUAUAUCCCAUUAAGCAGAUAAUGUAAAAGGUAGCAAAGAAAAAGCACAUAAGAAAGGGCCAUCAGUGCAUGAAAGAGUUAAAUUUUGUAAAAGACAAAAGGGAGAAGAGUAUUGAUUCAUGAAAUGUAGCAGAAGCAGCUCUACCUGAAAUGUUUGAAUGUUAGGGAUUUCAGUAAUGGGAGCCAAUCUGCCCAAAAAAUUCCUAGAGAAGUUCAGGCUUCGAAGUGGCUUAUGUAGAGGCUGUGGGUAAUGAGACAUGAUGACAAGACUGUUAAAUGCUUUUCUAGGUGAAAGUUAUGUUAGCACCCCCUGCUAACAGCCUCCCCACUCCACUAUCUCUUCUAUAAGUAAAUUUAAUGUGACCCUUACACCAUUCACAAAAAUGAAUUCCAGUUUAAUAAAAUCCUAAAUGUUAAAGUAAAUAAGUAAAAGCAUUAGAAGAAAAUACAGUAGGGAUAUGUUUGUGACUGUGGUGUUGGACAUAUCUUACUAAAAUAGACAAAAAUAAAAGCCAAAAGGAAAAGCUUAAUGAAGCUGAUUAUAUUAAAAGUUAGCAUGCUUUUAAACAAAGUUAAAAGCAAAAGGAUGAAAAUAUUUGUAAUACAAAGGGGAAGACGUAAGAAUACCUAUAAAUAAGUACAGAACACUAACGGAGUAUGAAAAUGGACAAAGGUUGAGAAUGGGCAAAUAAAAGAAUAUAGAUUGCCAAUAAAUAUGAGUCCUUGUGUAACAUUGCUAGUGUUAAGAGCUGCAAAUUUAAAUAAUGUAAUAUCAAAUUUGGCAGCUGCGGAGAAAUGAGUACCCUCUUCACUGCCACUUUGGAGGCAGUGAAAUUUUCUAAAUGUUCACUAUAACCCCUUUGGAGGGGAAUAUGGUUGGAACAUCUAAUGCUGAAAUAAUCUAAAUUCUCAUCAACAGAGUCAUGACUAGAAAUACUGCUGGAGCAGCAGUUUAAAAGAAUGGACUGAUAAUAUUGAUGUCACUAAAAGACAUUGAAAAAGCAAAUUUUGCAGAAUAAUAGAGUAUUAGAUAUUUAAAAUAUAGUUCUAAUACAUUUAUAUAAGUAUGAAAAUGCUUAAAGUUCUGAACAGACACAUCUGACCCCUAAGUGUUUCU